UAUUUGAAAUGUUUGAUGAAACUUUGAGUGAGAGAAAAAUGGGCAAAAAUUAUUACUGCGACUACUGCAACAAGUCCUUCAAGGAUAUCCUGGCCACAAGGAAGAAGCACCUAAAGGGCCUACAGCAUCAGAAAGCCUACAAAGAAUACCACGCCCAAUUCAAAGGAAUCAAAGAAAUUUAUCUGGAGGAAUCCCGGAAGAAAACCUGCAAACGCAUCCUUGAGGGGACAACGUGUAAAUUUGGAAGUGAAUGUCGCUUCAGUCACUACACAAAGGAUCAACUGGAAGGUAUGCGCUUGCAAAUUGAAGCAGAAACUGCCAGGAAACAUCCGGAAGUACAAAAUCCAGACCCACAGUGGUUGGAGAAAUUUGUGGAGAGAGUUUGGGACAGAGCUGUCCGCGAUGGAUGCUCUGUGAAACCCUUCUGGACUCAUCCCUACCACCAAAGGCAAUAUGAAGCUCUUCCUGACCUUCCUCCAUCCCUGCAACCACUUAAUCCUAGCCUCUUGGAGGGGAAUUCUGAUGAUACCUCUUAUAGCUGAAUAAAUUCAAUUUCUUCACAAAGUGCGGAAUCUUUUGAAUUUGUUUAAUUAAUAAAUUCUUGAUGGAACUUU